GGCCACAUGUACCAAGAGGUCAACGAGCCCCAGGAUGAUGACUACCUGUAUUGUGAGGAGUGUCAGAACUUCUUCAUCGACAGCUGUGCUGCCCAUGGGCCCCCAGCCUUUGUAAAGGACUGUGCAGUGCAAAAGGGGCACGCCAACCGCUCAGCACUCACUCUGCCCCCUGGAUUAAACAUCAGACUGUCAGGCAUCCCUGAUGCUGGGCUUGGAGUGUGGAACGAGGCAUCCGAUCUGCCACUGGGCCUGCACUUUGGCCCCUAUGAGGGCCAGAUCACAGACGACGAAGAGGCCGACAACAGUGGAUAUGCCUGGCUGAUCACCAAAGGGAGAAGCAGCUACAAGUAUGUGGAUGGAAAGGACACGUCUUUGGCCAAAUGGGUGAGGUGA